GAGGGUGCAUCACAGGUCAUAGGCGGACCUAAACAGAUGGGUUUUAAGGGACUUUUUGAAAGUGGACAAGGUUUCACAAUGACGGAUGUGGAAGGGAAGCUGGUUCCAGAACGUGGGCGCAUGGAUGUAGAAGGAGCGUUCACCCAUGGUCUUAGUUUUGGUUCUUGGGAUUGAGAGGGUUCUUUUGUCAAUUGAAGAGCGUAGAAUUAAGGGCCCACGAUCAAUUUAUUAAUCAUUUUGCCUCCUAUGCAUGUAGAGAGGAUUUGCAAUGUUUCUGUGCCUGGUGGUGAUGAGGAUAUUUUAAUUAUUACAAGUGCUACUUUGUGAAGGAAUCAUGCAAUUAUGGUAAUUGGGUUUGUAAGACAAAGUUUGGUAUUAAAUGAAAGGGAAAGAUAAUUGAAUGUCAGAAUGGACUAAAAUAAUAUUGUAAACUGACCUCUUACUCUUAGUCUUGUGUAUUAAGUUUAUUAAGUUUAAAACUAAAACUAGUAAUUUAUUAAUUAUAUAAACUACCUCAUCACAAAUGAUAUCAGAAUAGUAUAUAGCAUUUAGUCUAAAACUAAAGGGACCCAGGUUCGAAUAGCCUCUACAACAACAUUACAUCCUUAGUUAUUACUGUACUGUACCGAACUGAACCUGAACUUUAGCUGUUACUUAACCAAACCAAAACUUAAGCUGAACAAACUAAACCCCACUUAAGUUUAAGUUAAAGUUGUUAACGAACCAUACCGAAGUUGGACUUCUUAAAGUAGAGGGUUUAAUUCCUAUGCCUGGGACGAGCCUUAAUUAUAUUACUUUUGCAUUGAGUUUGAGAGAGGGGGUGGGGGUUGGUGUUGAUUUAGUUAGGAACAAAUGUGUGUGCUUAGGAGAUGGUUGGGGGGGGGGUGUCUAAAUAUUAAUCUAUAAAAUAACACAGCCUCACAGCUGAUGAUAAUCACUCAUAUUGCUGCUUUGUGUUUUCACAAUGAAUUGCUAGAUAUGGCAGCAGUAAUAUUAAUAUUAGUGUAGUCAUAGAGUCAUAUUGUUGCUUUGUGUUUUCACAAUGAAUUGCUAGAUAUGGCAACAGUAAUAUUAAUGUAGUGGCCCAAGUGACAACUUUAGUCAACAUUAAUGUUUUUUGCUACAGUUCUGUAUGAUGUAAAUGUGACAUAAUUUUUUAAUUCUUUGGCCAGUAAAGAGAACCUUAUUUUCAACAAGCAUUCCUAUUAAAUGUAGAUUGAUGGAAAAUUUUAUUCAGGUAAAUGCACAAGUGUAUCACUGCAGUCCUAUCCCCAUAUUUCCCCACUUCCGCUUGGAGUGACUUCCAUGAGUGUCCCCGAGUUCCACUCCCGCACUCCACCUUCAUCUAUCAAAGUGGAAUGACGGGCACCCUUUUUAUUUAAAAAUAAAGAACUGUAUAUAAAUGUAUAAACUUCAGGAGAUGACCUUUCUCAGACAUCAUCAGACAUGCAAUUGAUUACUUAUUGUUGACAUCAUACUGUAUGUUUAUUUAUUUACUUUUAGGAUACUGCAUUGUAUGUUUUUCAGAUGGUUAAAUACUAUUCUAAAACAAUAUUCGACUAUUUAUACUGCUGUUUGUUAAAUUGAUAAUGGGACAUGAUCAUUUUUAAACAAAACAGCUCGUUAUGAUUAUUUGCAUUUUAAAAAGUUAGAAGCUAUUACUGAAAUGUCAUUUUAUUAAAGAGGUUACAUUUAAAUAAACUAAUUUGCAUAUCUGACUUUAAUUGUUCACACAAAUUAUAAAGUAACAGUAAGAACUUUAUAAUGGUGAGGAGCACAGAAUGUAGUCAUUGCGAUCAGCGGGAUAGGGAGAAAUUGUUAACGUCUUUAUCACUGGAAGGGGUGUGUUAAAGAAAACGGACCAAGCUAAAAAUGCUAAAUAAAAUAAUAAAUGUAUUUUUUUCAAUAAUUUCAUUUAAUAAAAUAUUUAACUCAAUGCGCUCUUUUGAAGCGAUAGCAUCAAAAUUAUGGAACAGUUUGCCUCAAUCUUUGAGCAGAAUUGAAAUUGAUAAAAGAUCAUUUAAGAAAAAUUUAAAAACUUUUCUGUUUAAAUAGAUUUAAGUAAACCAGAGCGCAGUGAGCAUGCUACAGUAGCAUGGAUAUCAGCGAUAUAUAAAUCACGUUACAAUCACACUUCCUCCAGCAACCCAUCCAUCUUUCACAAACUGAAACACUUUCUUAGACUCACCUCCCCCAGGAGUGUGACAAAACUUAUGGACAGACUCAUACCUUAACAGAAAUCAGCAAUAAACCUUUCAAAACAUCAAAUCCAUUCCACUUUGCAUCAUAAUUUCUUUUCGGAACAUAUUAAAUAGCCAAUAAUUACAUCAAUCCCAUCAUAGACUCAAUUUUUUUUUUUUUUUUGAAAUAUCUUUAGUACACAGCUCACAAAUUGUAUAUCUUCUCAAUCCCCAUUCCCUCAGUCGUUUGAGACCCUAGAUGAUGCAAUCCCGUUCAUCUGUGGGUCUAUUGAGUGCAGAGUUUUUUUUCAAGGGCACUUUUGUUGGGGCUGAUUUGAAGGGGCAGAAUUGUUACUGCCAGCAUUGUCAGGUCUGAUUUGUUACAGGCUGUUUUGACACCAACUGGUUUCUGAGGUUGAGGUGUUCUAAUUAGGAUAAACACCAACUUCUAAGUCACAGCAACAUAGGUCUAAACACCCUAGGUGUAACUAAUAAAUAUAACUCACUUUGAAUUCAUCCCUGUUAUUAUGCUUAGGCCAUUUGGGGAGAAUCAAUCUUUGUUCAUUGUUGCAAAAUAUGCUGAAGGUACAUCACAUUCUAAAAUCAGCCUUAGCCAUACUUUAUGGACACUAUUUAAAAAAAAAAAUAAUUUUUAAAUAUUACAGUUACUUAGAGCAAAUUUCAAAUUUAAAAAAUUAAAAAAAUGAAGCCAGAAUCAACUUUUUAACUUAAGUUCUUUUUGAGCUACGAAUUUUUACAGUGCGAGUUCAUUUGGUAUUUUCUACUAUGGACAAAGCCUCCACAUUUUGUGACCUCAUUCUGCUGAUCGUGUCUUGCGCAAUGACUAUAUUGUUUAUAUAUGUCUACACAUCCCCUUAUUACCAAAAUCCAAUUUAGGAACUACUUAUUUUGAACUUUCAACUUUGGAACAUGGCUAUUUAAUCAAAGCUUUCUCUGAUCAAUGGUUGAAUAGCUUUUGCACAUGGCAAACUCUUAUGAAUUAAACUCUGAUGUUGUAUCACAGCAUAGCCAUUAUGCAAGUGACCGUGAAUGGCUGCCCAUGACAACGUUUUGCACACGGAAAAUUAUAAUCAUUUAUAAUACGGACUCUGCCAAGUUUUUAAACCUCUAUUUAAAUAAAUAAUUAUUUUCAUUAUGAAAAACUGGUUUAUUUGUUGUUUGCUAUUUCUUCUUGCGGAGUUCAAAAGCCGACGAUUGGUCAUGGGGAUCUAGGUUAAGUGGCAAAUUUGGCUGAUUUUGUGCUCGAUACAUCAGGGUUCCGUGAUAUAAAAGAAUCAACAUAACCUAUGAGAAAAUGAGAAUUAGACGGUUCCACUUCAAAAAUGUCGACGUAACCCAGGUCGAGAUAAGCGGGUUCGACUGUAUUACAUUAUAAGCUCAUGACCUUAAGAAUCUUUGAAUCAAACAUUUGUAUUGUUCAAAUUUAUCAAAGAUUACACUAUAAAGCAAAAUUGCUGAGUAAACAUAUUUGCUAGUUUUUUUUUUGUCCACUAUCAAAUAUUGAAACUAAAUUAUGAUAACUGUAUCUAAGAUGACAGUCUUGAAGUUAAUUGAAGAUCUUUCUGAUUCAUUUUUUAAAAAAUAAUAAAGAAAAAGCAGACCUGUUUACUCUUACGAUCUUGGCGUACAAUGUAAAAUUUUGAGGUGAAUACAUUAUAUAUACACUGAAUGUUUCUUUUUUUACUUUUGUGUGGGUUCCUAUGUUCCAACAUACAUGUGAUUUCAAACCUUCUAAACUUAAAUAUACUUUUCAUUCCCAGUAUCUUCCAGCCAAGUGAAUGUUGCAUACAAAAGUACCCAUGUCAUUAACUACAAGCGCACACGUGCAGAGAUCGGCCAAGCGUUAAGAAAGAAACCCAAUUACCUGCACUACGACCUUGUGGAUAAACACAGGAGCUCUCCUCUGCAGAAGGGGACAGAUAAUAUAACCGUGGAGACUGAUGUGAAGGCUCCGAGAGACUACAGGUAAAGAAUGAGUUCAUUUGAGUUCAAAGCCCCCCAUCACAAUUAGCACAUUAAACCGGUGACGCUGUGGUAACUGCAGGAUGCCUGCACCAAAACCAAGACAGCCAACUAUACUAGUACAUGGAAAGAUUAAAAAUUUCUGGCUUUAAAAAAGCUGACUUGCAAAGACCAGUGAGACCCAUGCAGUUUGUAUGGACCGCUGCCUUCAUACAAGUCUUUUAAGCCAUAGAGAGUUGGGAAUUGGCAUAACACGAUACAAAUGUACCCUCCGCAUGUCAAGUAAUGAAAUAACUGCCGUCAAACAUGUCAAGAUUUCCAACUGCAGUUAGUGGUCUCGAUCAACAUUUGGUCUAACUCAUUAACUCUUGCAUUAAAUAUUGAUAUACGACUAUUUUAAUAUUAGGCUUGAACUUAAGAAUACAUUUUUACAUCAUUUUGGUGUGUGCUAUGCUUGAAGAGAUUCUGCUAAACCUGCACAUUGUUUCCACUACAACCUGAAAUUGUUUACACUACAAUCUGAAAUUGUUUCCACUACAACCUGAAAUCGUUUACACUACAAUCUGAAAUUGUUUCCACUACAACCUGAAAUUGUUUCUACUACAACCUGAAAUUGUUUCUACUACAAUCUGAAAUUGUUUCUGCUACAACCUGAAAUUGUUUCUACAACAACCUGAAAUUGUUUCUACUACAAUCUGAAAUUGUUUCUACUACAAUCUGAAAUUGUUUCUACUACAACCUGAAAUUGUUUCUACUGCAAUCUGAAAUUGUUUGUACUACAAUCUGAAAUUGUUUCUAUUGAACCAGAGAAAAAAUUCAUUAACGUGAUAUAAUUCAAAGUUUUAAUGAUGUACUGAAAACAUUUGAUCUGUCCAGUUUAUCACCAUCCUUUUCCAUUCAUUCUUUCAUUUACUCGUGUAACUUAAUUUUAAUCUUUGAUCAAAUUUAUUAUUCUGAUAUAUUUUUCAGUAUAGUAUUUACACCGUUUCAUUUUCUUGGUAAUAUGGGCUAAACAUCCAUUGAUCAUAUUUCUAAUCUAGGUUCAUAAUGCCAGAAUUUAUGCCCAGACCUCACUUUGAGUACAGAGAUCGUGUGCUGGAAAAACUUGAGCGGAGAGAUAUGCUGAGGAGGAGAACUGUGAUCAAUAUCCCAGAGUUUUACGUUGGUGUGUUUAGUUCGGCAUGUUUUAAAGUUUUUGUGGUUUGCUUGGACGUGUUAGUUUGGUCUUUAUCCAUUAGGAUAACAUCCUUGAAAAAAUAGUUAUAAAUAUAUUUGUUUUCUUUUAAAUUGGAAUUGUCUGUAUUGUUAUUGUCUUUAUUGUUAUUGUCUUUAUUUUUAUUGUCUGUAUUGUUAUUGUCUUUAUUUAUUGUUAUUGUCUGUAUUGUUAUUGUCUUUAUUUAUUGUUAUUGUCUGUAUUGUUAUCGACUUUAUUGUAAUUGUCUCUAUUAUUAUUGUCUCUAUUGCUAUUGUCGGUAUAUCUAUUCUCUGUAUUGUUAUUUUUAUUCAAAUUAACAAUCAAACAAGUGAAAGAACUUUGUGUUUAUUUCCCCAGGUAGCAUCAUGGCAGUGACCGUUUCUGAUCCUUUUGCACCGAACAAGAAGAACAGAUUUCUCGGCAUUUGUAUAGAUCGAGGCGGCCAUGGACUGAAGGCUUAUUUCGUGCUCAGAAACGUCGUGGACGGCUUAGGUACAUUUAUUUAAUCAUCACGAUUAUCAGGCAAUUGUUACAUUUUAUUUUUUAAAGUUCGCUCAUUCUUUGAGUUUGAGGGAAAUCUUGUUGGGAAAACUUAGAGUCAGUAACUUUGGUUGCUAUUUGAAAUACCUUUAGAGGGUUAUGUUUGGUGAUGGUAUUCUAUGUUUCAAUGACAUGAUUGUUGAGAAUUUGUGGUAGUGCUAUAGCACAAUUUACUACCAUAGCUAUCAGUAACAUUUGAUAGUGGUAGUGUGAUGUCACAUGUUUGAUGGUUGACAGUUUGAGACACAACCAAGGUACUAGUGGCUUUGUUAUUGGUCCAGGGUUGUCCUUGUUAGUGGGUCCAGGAUGGUCCUGGUAAGUUUAUCCAGGGUUGUCCAUGUUAGUGGGUCCAGGGUUGCCCUUAUUAGUAGGUCAAGGGUUGUCCUUAUAAGUGGAUCCAGGGUUGUCCUUGUUAGUGGGUCCAUGGUUGUCCUUAUUAGUGGGCCCAGUAUAGUCCUUACUAGUGAGCCAGGGUAGUCCUUAUUAGUGAGCCAGGGUUGUCCUUAUUAGUGAGCCAGGGUUGUCCUUAUUAGUGCGCCAGGGUAGUCCUUAUUAGUGAGCCAGGGUUGUCCUUAUUAGUGGGUCCAGGGUAGUCCUUAUUAGUGAGCCAGGGUAGUCCUUAUUAGUGAGCCAGGGUUGUCCUUAUUAGUGAGCCAGGGUUGUCCUUAUUAGUGAGCCAGGGUUGUCCUUAUUAGUGAGCCAGGGUUGUCCUUAUUAGUGAGCCAGUGUAGUCCUUAUUAGUGAGCCAGGGUAGUCCUUAUUAGUGAGCCAGGGUUGUCCUUAUUAGUGAGCCAGGUUUGUCCUUAUUAGUGAGCCAGGGUAGUCCUUAUUAGUGAGCCAGGGUUGUCCUUAUUAGUGAGCCAGGGUAGUCCUUAUUAGUGAGCCAGGGUAGUCCUUAUUAGUGAGCCAGGGUAGUCCUUAUUAGUGAGCCAGGGUUGUCCUUAUUAGUGAGCCAGGGCUGUCCUUAUUAGUGAGCCAGGGCUGUCAUUAUUAGUGCGCCAGGUUUGUCCUCAUUAGUGAGCCAGGGUUGUCCUUAUUAGUGAGCCAGGGUUGUCCUUAUUAGUGAGCCAGGGUUGUCCUUAAUAGUGAGCCAAGGUUUUCCUUAUUAGUGAGCCAAGGUUUUCCUUAUUAGUGGGCCAGGGUAGUCCUUAUUUGUGGGUCCAGGGUUGUCCUUAUUAGUGAGCCAGGGUUGUCCUUAUUAGUGAGCCAGGGUAAUCCUUAUUAGUGAGCCAGGGUUGUCCUUAUUAGUGAGCCAGUGUUGUCCUUAUUAGUGAGCCAGGGUUGUCCUUAUUAGUGGAUCCAGGGUUGUCCUUAUUAGUGGGUCCAGGGUUGUCCUUAUUAGUGGGUCCAGGGUUGUCCUUAUUAGUGGGUCCAGGGUUGUCCUUAUUAGUGAGCCAGGGUUGUCCUAAUUAGUUCGACAGGCUAGUCCUCAUUAGUGGGACAGGGUUGUCCUUAUUAGUGGGUCCAGAGUUGUCCUUAUUAGUGAGCCAGGGUUGUCCUUAUUAGUUUGACAGGCUAGUCCUCAUUAGUGGGACAGGGUUGUCCUUAUUAGUGGGUCCAGGGUUGUCCUAAUUAGUUGGACAGGCUAGUCCUCAUUAGUGGGACAGGGUUGUCCUUAUUAGUGGGUCUAGGGUUGUCCUUAUUAGUUAGACAGGCUAGUCCUCAUUAGUGGGACAGGGUUGUCCUUAUUAGUGGGUCCAGGGUUGUCCUUAUUAGUGGGUCCAGGGUUGUCCUCAUUAGUGGGACAGGGUUGUCCUAUUAGUGGGACAGGGUAGUCCUUUUUAGGGGGACAGGGUUGUCCUUAUUAGUGUGAUAGGGUAGUCCUUAUUAGUGGGUACAGGUUGUCCUUAUUAGUGGGUCAAGGGUUGUCCUUGUAAGUGGGUCCAGGGUUUUCCUUGUAAGUGGGUCCAGAGUUGUCCUUAUUAGUGAGCCAGGUUUGUCCUUGUUAGUGGGUCCAGGGUUGUCCUUAUUAGUUGGUCCAGCGUUUUCUUUAUAGUUGGCCAGGGUUGUCGCUACCAAUGAGUCCAGGGUUGUCCCCAUCUUUAUAUUCAGAGUUAUCCCAAACUGUGGAUUCAGGGUUGUUCCUAUCUCUGGGUCAAGGAUUGUCCCCAACAAAUUAUUCAGGGUUGUCCCCCAACUGUGAGUCCAGGGUUGUCACCUUUUUUUGGGUCCAGUUUGUCCCUAUCAAUGGGCACAGGGUUUUCAACCUCUGUGGACCCAGGGUUGUCCCAAAAUAAUCUGACUAAAGAAAUUAUUGAAUAACGAUGUUUGUCUAAAGGAAACCAAUUGAUGCUGGUCUGGUGGGGCUGUGCAGCGUCCUCCAAACCAUCGGGUAAAAUUAAGAUUGCAUUUCUUUCAGGUGUGGAAAUCUUCUAUCAAAUGUACAGCCCAACUCUACAUUCUAUUGAGGUCAUCAGACUGGAGAAACGUUUGGAUGACAGACUGUACUACCUGCGUAACUGCCCACUGGAGCACAGCACAUUCAGUUUUGACAUGGAGCCCAUUGCUCUGCCCCGUGGUGCUCAAGUCCCAGUCAACACCCUCAAGGUGAGAGCUAAGGUCCCAGUCAACACCCUUAAGGUGAGAGCUAAGGUCCCAGUCAACACCCUUAAGGUGAGAGCUAAGAUCCCAAUUAACAUCCUUAAGGUGAGAGCUAAGAUCUCAGUUAACACCCUUAAGGUGAGAGCUAAGGUCCCAGUCAACACCCUUAUGGUGAGAGCUAAGAUCCCAGUCAACACCCUUAAGGUGAGAGCUUAACAUUAAACAAAGGUGAGAGCUAAAGUCCUUGCAGUUAGCCAUUUACUUUACAUAAGCCUGACGUGUAAUAAAUGUGAAUUUGAAUAGUAUAUCGAAUCUUCAAUGAGGUCAUCUUCCUUUUAAUUGUGUGUGUACUUGACUGAAUGGCAAUCAGUUCCUGUGUUGGAUUGAGAUGACAAUUUGUUCCUGUACUUAAAUGAGAUGACAAUCAGUUCCUGUACUAGACUGAGAAGGCAAUCAGUUCCUAUACUUGACUGAGAUGACAAUCAGUUCCUGUACUAGACUGAGAAGGCAAUCAGUUCCUAUACUUGACUGAGAUGACAAUCAGUUCCUAUACUUGACUGAGAAGGCAAUCAGUUCCUAUACUUGACUGAGAUGACAAUCAGUUCCUAUACUUGACUGAGAAGGCAAUCAGUUCCUAUACUUGAGUGAGAUGACAAUCAGUUCCUAUACUUGACUGAGAAGGCAAUCAGUUCCUAUACUUGACUGAGAUGACAAUCAGUUCCUGUACUAGACUGAGAAGGCAAUCAGUUCCUAUACUUGACUGAGAUGACAAUCAGUUCCUGUACUAGACUGAGAAGGCAAUCAGUUCCUAUACUUGACUGAGAUGACAAUCAGUUCCUAUACUUGACUGAGAUGACAAUCAGUUCCUGUACUUGACUCAGAGGACAAUCAGUUCCUAUACUUGACUCAGAGGACAAUCAGUUCCUGUGCUAGACUGAGAUUGCAAUCAAUUCCUGUACUUGACUGAAAUACUAUUUGUUCUUAUCAGACAACCAAAACAACACUGUAUUUUUUCAGUUGAAGCUUAACCCAAAGCCCUGGGAUGAGAGAUGGGAAAGACAGGAUCUUAAAGGAAUUGAACCCAUUGAGCUUACACCAAAAAUGAUUAAGGGAAUUCAGAAGGUACAUAAUGCUGUAGAAUUUCCAGGGUGAAAGAAAUCUCACUUAAGAAAAGUUAUAAACAGAUGUGUCCUUAUGUGUCUGUAUAGUUGAUUCCCUUUGCUUUGUGGUAUAAAUGUGUCCCUAUGUGUUUGUAUAUAUAUAUGUCCCUAUGUGUUUUGUUUUAUAGAUGUAUUUCUGUGUUUGUUUUUAUAGAUGUGUCCCUGUGUGUUUCUAAUGAUAAGCCCAAAUGUCAAGACUUGUGUAUAUAACUGUCAAGACUUUUUUAUAUCACUGUCAAGACUUGUGUAUAUCACUGUCAAGACUUAUGUAUAUCACUAUCAAGACAUGUAUAUAUCACUGUCAAGACCUGUAUAUAUCACUUUCAAGACUUGUGUAUAUCACUCUCAAGACAUAUUUAUAUCACAAUCAAGACUUUUAUAUAUCACUGUAAAGACAUGUGUAUAUCAAUGUAAAGACUUGUGUGUAUCACUGUCAAAACGUGUAUAUCACUGUCAAGACUUGUGUAAUCACACCAAUAUUUUCCACCAAUGUUAAAUUCCCUUGUGAUAUGUUGCAGAGCGCCACUCCUUGGAAGAAGCACGACCUCAUGUUACACUAUCGCAGCAAGGUCAACGAGGAGGAGGAGGAGACCAUCAUGGCUGAAGUAUACAAAGAGAAUCAGCUUCUUGAAUCAAUGAGGAAAACUUCUAAAGCAACUCUGAAAAAAAAGAAAUAAAAGUUGUGCAGUCAGUAAAUGGGGAGCUGUUUUUGUAACUCAGUUUAUGUAGGAAGGAUUUGUGAGAGUGGACAUUUGAUUGGCUGCAUGUUACUGGGGUAGAGAGAGUCAUGCUCUUAUGUAGGAAGGAUUUGUGAGAGUGGACAUUUGAUUGGCUGCAUGUUACUGGGAUAGAGAGAGUCAUGCUGUUAUGUAGGAAGGAUUUGUGAGAGUGGACAUUUGAUUGGCUGCAUGUUACUGGGGUAGAGAGAGUCAUGCUCUUAUGUAGGAAGGAUUUGUGAGAGUGGACAUUUGAUUGGCUGCAUGUUACUGGGGUAGAGAGUCAUGCUCUUAUGUAGGAAGGAUUUGUGAGAGUGGACAUUUGAUUGGCUGCAAAUUACUGGGGUAGAGAGAGGCAUGCUCUUAUGUAGGAAGGAUUUGUGAGAGUGGACAUUUGAUUGGCUGCAUGUUACUGGGAUAGAGAGACUUGGUCUUAUGUAGCAUGGACUAGUGAGAGUGGACAUUUGAUUGGCUGCAUGUUACUGGGAUAGAGUCUUGGUCUAAUGUAGCAUGGACUUUUGAGAGUAGAUAUUUGAUUGGCUGCAUGUUACUGGGGUAGAGAGAGUCAUGCUGUUAUGUAGGAAGGAUUUGUAAGAGUGGACAUUUGAUUGGCUGCAUGUUACUGGGAUAGAGAGAGUCAUGCUCUUAUGUAGGAAGGAUUUGUGAGUGUGGACAUUUGAUUGGCUGCAUGUUAUGAUGUCCGACAUCCAAAAGGCUAUAAUGUACAACAUCCCAACAAAAAUGAUAUGCAGC